ACGCGUUGCCAGCAGCGCCGGUUCUGCCAAGCCAGGUACGACGAUGCGCCGGUUCUGGUGCAGGCCGAUGCCGAUGUGUCCGGAAGUGUCAGCCAAGCUUCGCCAAGACCAGGCCAGGCCAGACCAGACAAGCGGUGCCGGGCCGAGCUGAGCCGAAGAUAGCCUGCCACUUCCGGGCAUGCCGGUCUGGAGCUGGCUGGUGCACAUGGAGCCAACCGGUCCCGUGGGCCUGUGGGGCGAAUUUGCUUUUGUCGGGCAUGCCCGGCGCCGCCCCCGAUUCCCACCAGCCUCCGCCCCAUUUCGGCCUGCUCUUCGCAUGGACGGGGAAAGAAAAAGGACGGCAGUACAAAGCGCCAUGGUGCAGAAGCGCAGGGCAGCGAGCGUGGCUGUGGCCCGGGGAUGACUACCCAUUACGAAUGGGGACGCCACGCAGCACAUUAUAAAGUCUCGAUCGGCCCUGGCGAGACCUUGGCAUUCCGCAAUCCCCGAAAAAAUGACCCUCAGAAGCCUUGCUUGCUGUCUCGCGGAGCCGGUCGAGCCCCAGCGCACCUUCAGCAUCGACCGGCUGGCUCCUGCGUCCUUGAACAGGGCCAGGACGGCAGUCGAGUUGGUCCAGCCGAAAUUUGCACCGCCAAUGGACCCAUUUGGGGCCUGGCUGCAUCCGCUCGAGGUCUUGGUGAAGACUGCGCGAGAAGAGCCCGAUACCCUUGCCCUCCUGACCAACGAGAACAGCAUCACAGAACGAUACAGCUACCUGCAAGUGUGGCAGAAGGCGUAUUCUAUAGCCCAAGGUCUCAAGGCACUCCCAGGCUGGGGCGAUGAGGGCCACGAAGUCGUUGGGACAUUUUGCGAGACAGAAGCGCACUGGGCAUUGUACAUGUUUGCUCUCUGGAUCCUCGGCAAGAAGGUCUUCAAUUUCGGGCUCAACACGCCCGCGUCGGUUCGACGGGACAUCAGCCAGCGGCUUGGUAUUAGGUAUAUCCUCUACCACUACACCCGACCCGGCCACACUGAGGGCGUCAAGGCUAUCGACGCCGGGGUUUACCCGUUGUUGGGCGAGGUUCCAGAUCCAUCGCUCGAGUUGUGCGAGCCAUUGAACGAGUUUGUCGCAUAUCUGUGCACUCUGGACAUCAGUGAUACUCCCAAGAUGUUCAAAUAUUCGCACUUGCACUCGCAUCUCAUUCGAACAAAGCUGGGACUGAAGUACGUCAAGAUGGGAAUGACCAUGCCGCCAUCCUUUCCAUCAGCAACCGCAUUGAUGUUCAUGGUGGCCUUCGGCACCAAAGGAUCGCUGUGGUUCCCAAAGCCAGCAUCCAGUCCGAUGCAGAGGGCGAUGAACACGAUUCGUCUCCUCGAGGAAGGUCUCGAGUUUUACUUUGCGACAUCGUCGUCCGCCAUGACUGUCUUCAAGAAAACACUCUCCAUCAAUCCUGCUACCAAGUGGGGAACAGCUCGCCGGAUCGUCAUCGGCCUUGAAAUAGUGCCUCCGUCGCUUGUCUACCAGGCCCGACAGCUGUGUCCCAAUGCUGAGAUCCGCUGCAUCUAUGCUUCGAUUGAGACGCUCUUAAUCGAUGCCGUCGCCUACUUUGCCUUGAUUCCCUCCAAUACCACCCCCGGCAAGUUGGUCUAUACCCUCAACAGGCCCAACAUUCGCUGUCUUCUCUGUGACGAGGAGGGCAAUGUCCUCGAACCAUCCAAGACCAGGGUGGGCAUCCUAAUGCUGGCCGUCGACAAGGACCAUCCCAUCAAGAACCACCCCGAUUUCAUCAACGCCGAUCCCGACAACAAGCUGGCCUCGUUUGGCUUCCUCCCCGAUGGCUCGCCUCGAGUCUGCACCAUGGACUGGGUCGAGCUGGUGGGCGAGAGGGAGUUUACUGUCGUUGGAAGAUUCGACCAGAGGGUCAGGAUCAACGACGCCUAUGUCGAUUUUAACGCUCUCGAGGAGCUCGUGAACCAGCACCUCGGUGACUUUGUUGCCGACUGUGCGUUUGUCCAGACCUCCGAGAAGAUCGUGAUGCUGUACAUUCCCAGAGCCGGAACCGACCUCUAUGCCAUCCCUGCCGAGAUCCAGCAGAUGGCCGAGAACCUGAUCACUCUCAAGAACGCCGUCAAGCUGUCGAUUCACGACUGUCUCGAGCUCGACUGCAUUCCAAUCAACGACUCGGGCAAGCGGGAUCUCAAAAAGCUCAGGCGCAUCGCCGAGCGUGCGGACCGACUGUAA